AUGACUGUCUGUGGCCUUGUCACAAACUCUCGGGAACCUGGUAAGUUACCUGCAUACGGUUAUUCAGCUAAGUGAGUGCAAAAUGGCAAUAAGCCACAUACUGCUAUAAAUUUCCAAAAUAUAGCUUUCUAGUUUAUGGUAUGUAAUGGUGUAGGUUGGGGGGUCCUAAAUAACUGGCUGGCCUGGCAGUGGGAGCCAAGAUGACUGGAGAGGGUUUCUCCAAAGUAUACACAGGGCCAUACAUUGAGCCUUCCUUGUUCUCUCCUUGCCCCAGUGCCCUUGAAGAGCAUCUCUGUGGAUGUGGUGGUCCGUGGCUUUGUGGCUGACGUAGUGUCUGAGCUUCGCUACCACAAUGAGGAGAAGUCUCCAGUGGAGGUUGUGUUUGUCUUCCCUCUGGAUGAUGAAGCCGCUGUAUAUGCCUUCGAGGGCCUGAUUGGUGGGACGCGGAUUGAGGCCCAGAUCCGAGAGAAGAAACAGGUAUGGAAGGUCUGAGGAGAAUCAGGGCCUUUGGCAUUGGGUGGCCAGUUUCAGAAGGGAGGCGGAGGCUUCCCUAGAGAGGACUCUGUGCCUACAAGCAGAUUUUGUGUCAAGAAGCUCACAUGUUGUGCUUAAAAGAAAGAGUGCCUAACAACAUUCAGUUGCUGUAGUAAGGAGCCUGGCUUCGUGGCCUCUUCUGCUGCAGCUUGGUGUAAUUUUAACCUAAUGUAUGAAUUCUAAAGUCACAGUGUAGAUACCACAGUGCUUAUAAUUUACUUUCACAAGGUAAAGUUACAAAAGCAUGGAAGCUUCGCUGGUAGGUAACCAAUUGGUCGACAGCUGUUUUUAAAUGGGAAUCCUUUCUUGGGACCACACCUGCCUGUGUCCUUGCCUUCCUCACUCCUGAUGUUCUUCUCUUCUCUUCACCACCCAAUGCAGGCAGAGCAGGAAUAUGAGGAUGCCUUAAGUGAAGGCCGGCAGGCUUUCCUGCUUGGAAGAGAAGAAAACACCAGUGACAUUUUCACCUGCAGCCUGGGUAACCUCCCUCCGGAUGGGGAGGCCACGCUGAAGCUCUCCUACAUCCAGGCCUUGGCUCCAGAGCCCGAUGGGGCCAUCCGCUUUGUCCUGCCCGCUGUCCUCAACCCCCGCUAUGCACCUCAGGGUAAGCUCCUGCACCCCCAAACACACUAACUAGCCCCACAUACAAGCCUCUUGUAAUGCUGUUUUGUGGAUUUGGAGCAACAGAAACAUUAAUGCAUGCUCAUUUCAUAUGUACAACCUUUACAGAGAUGAGCAAAAUAGAUUAUUUACUCCCAUCCUACCAAAUUGCCCAGGAAGGAGCUUUGAAUUCUGUUUGUCCUAUGUAUCGGCUGACACAAAUAAAAUAUUUAAAGAAACAGUUGCUAGAUUCCUCUUUUCUGCUGGAAAGGCCCAGGAAGGUAUUUUGUUACAUUAACUCAAUUGGAGAAGUGCCAUAGGUGUUUUUGUUAGAAGUGGUGAUGUACCGUAUUUUUCGCCCUAUACGACGCACUUUUUCCCCUCCGAAAAUGAAGGGGUGCAUCCUAUGGGGUGAAUACAGGCUUUCGCUGAAGCUUGGAGAGCGAGAGGGGUUGGUGCGCACCGACCCCUCUCACUCUCCAGGCUUCAGAAAGCUAUCAGCAAGCCUGGGGAGCCCUGCGGGAGUUCCCGCAGGGCUCCCCACGCUGCAGAUAGCAGCCUGCCGCCCGGCACGCGGAGCGUCCUAAAGCAGAGCGCCCCGCGCGCCGGGCAGACAUCGGCCAGUCCCACAAGCUUGGGGGACAGCGGGGAGGCACAGCGCCACCAUCCCGUUGUUCCCCGACCUGGUUUUGAGGGGGAAAGAAAGGGGAAAAAAUUUCCUUUAUUUCCCCCCCAAAAAAACUAGGUGCGUCCUAUGGGACGGAGCGUCCUAUGGGACGAAAAAUACGGUAAGUGAAAGGGGGGUUGGUUGCAUUUUUUGGCAAGGGUUUCUGGUAAGAUGGAGGGGGGCUGAAGCCAUGUGGGCUGACGUGAGGCAGCCUCUAGAAAGGACCCCGAGAGCAGGGCUGAUUUCUCUUUGAAUUGGCGGCUGCAGCAAUGGAAGGAGCCGGACCCUCUUGGGAUGUGAGCGCUGGGAUUUUCCUCCGUCCAGACUCAGGUUGUAUAUAUGUGUAAAUAAAACCACAUAUCAUAAAGACACGACAGUCCCCACUGUGUCUCAUUUCCAACAGGAAACUCAAACCCUGGGUAAUCGCCUGGGGAUUGGGGGUGGCGUGCUGUACAUUACUGUUUAAUGGUGCCUUCGCCUCCAACAGCCUUAUUCUUCCUCCCACAUGUGGUUGUGUUACAGUGUCUUCCUCCUCAUGAGAGCUUGCCCAUUGUGUUCAAUAACCAUGGUGUGCUGGAUAGCUCAGUUGGUUAGAGCGUGGUGCUGAUAACGCCAAGGUUGGAGUUUCAAUCCCCAUAUGGAACAGCUGAGCAUUCCUGCAUUUCAGGGAGUUGGAUGAGAUGAUUCUCAUGGUACUCUACAAUUCUGUGGUUUAUGACUCUCUCACUCUCUCAUGUACAGGUUCAGAAGGGGGCAAUGUCACCAAGAGCAUACCACGACUGCCCAAGGGGCAGCUUCCCUACACUCUCAGCCUCAGUGCCACCCUGGAGUCACCUUAUGGCAUCAACCGUGUGGAGUCCAAAUGCACCCUUGAGCCCUUGCGCUACAGGGCAGAAGAUCGUACGAUUGCCCAGGUACAAUAGUGAAAGGAACAGCUUCUGAAAAGGGGUGUAUUUGUCAUUCUCCAUUUGAAGUUGCACACACAUCCCAAAAUCUGUACUUAGGUCUAAUGGCCGACAUAGACGUGCUAUUUGUAUUAUUACUAAAAAAUUUAUUAGUUUUUACAAUAUCAGCGACAAACAAAAACAUAAAACAAACAAAACAUAACAAACAUAAAUCAUAACCUUAGAAAAUAACAGUUAUUUACUUUGUAAAACGACUUCCUCGUUUCCCCUUAAUUGAAUUUCAUUGCAUAUCCUUAUAAUGAUUUUCCAAAUCCCAAUUUUAAUACCCUUUAAAUUAAACAUUAACAUCUUUAAAUCUUCUCCUUCUUGUAUUAGACAUAUUAUUUUAUCAGUUAACAUUAAUACAAUCCUAAGCCCAUUAAGUAUCUGGACGCUAUUUCCAGUUAUUUUAGCUUAACAAAUUUAGCUAAAUAAUCAUUAAAUAGACGUGCUAUUUGCUUUCUUUUGUAAACAAAUAACUGGAAAGGGAAGAGUAAGCUGGAUUGGGGCCAUGGCUUGGGAAGGGGAACAUUUGACUCUUGCGACCCCAACAGCCCUGUUUGGAAUCUCCCUCCCCUUGCUUGCCGUUUACAAGAUGAGAGCUGUCCUUCCAUUGUGAAUAGCCACCAGGUAUUAUUUUUAUUAUUAUUUGUUGAAUUUAUAUACAGUGGUGCCCCGCAAGACGAAUGCCUCGCAAGACGGAAAAACCGCUAGACGAAAGGGUUUUCCGUUUUGAAGUUGCUUCGCAGGACGAAUUCCCCUAUGGGCUUGCUUCGCAAGACGAAAAUAUCUUGCGAGUCUUGAGAUUUUUUUUUCGCUUUUCCCCCCCUUUAUCUAAUCUGCUAAGCCUUUAAUAGCCUUUAAUAGCCUUUUAGCAGCUAAUCCCCUAAGCCUUUAAGCCUUUAAUAGCCGCUAAACCGCUAAUAGCGCUAAUAGCGCUAAUCCGUCAAUGGGCUUGCUUCGCAAGACGAAAAAACCGCUAGACGAAGACUCUCGUGGAACGGAUUAACUUCGUCUUGCGAGGCACCACUGUACCACCCUAUAACCCUAUACACAGAGAUAUAUUGGCCUUGCUUGGCUGGUUGAACAAAUAAGGUGAAGGGGGCAAGCUGGGUCUUGGCUUUGGUGUGGGAGAGGAGAGUUUUAACUCUGUUGCCUCUACCAGAGUCCCACUCCCAUGCUGGGCAUUACUGGUAACAAGGGCGGGUGGGAGCUGCCCUCCCACUACGAAUAGGCAGCCUAGGGGCAGGAUUUCUAUUGAGACCACUGUUUGUUUGUUUAUAUUUCACAUAAUAUAUAUGCCACUUGAUUGUAAAAUAAAAAUAAACACACACUCAAAGCGGUUUGCAAAAGGGAAAGAAGCGAUAAAAUUACUACUUAGCAAAGUUUAAAAAACAGCUAUUUAAAACAUUCAGGAAUAAUUAAAACCAGGGAUUUAAAAAUUGAUUAAAACAUAUGUCAGUACUCUACAUCCAUGGAUAGGCUUGCCUAUGCAGAAAUGUUUUCAGCAGGUGUCCAAAACCGUGUGGUGAAGGAGCCUGCCCGAUGUCAAUACAUAGGGAGUUCCAAAGUGUGGAUGCUACCCCAUUAAAAGAUGGACUAUGGGGGGCAGGAAGGUUUUUAAAAAUCUCUUGCUACCCUGCAGCUUGAAUAUGAUUCUUCAUCACCUUUGGCUAUUGGUUUACAAAUAAAACCAGUCAUGUAAAACCAAACAGUAGGGUUUGGUUUUGGCCUCAGAUCCUGUCCUUUUGAUCAGUUAUAAUGUGGAUAUGCUUACUCUAAGGGCACAUUUUAAUAAUAACAACUAACUGUGAGCUAUUGAACCCAGUUCAAUGUGUUUCUAUUGGCGUACAAAGCCUGCGACCCAAGAUUGCUUCUCUCAGUAUCUCAGGUUCUACAUUUGGCAGGGGAGGUCCUGCAGUUGAUCAUUUAUUUUGCUGCCUGUUAUUGAAUCAAAUGGCACAACCUAGAAUUCUCUCAUUUUGCACAGUUUUGGAAUAAAUGGCCAAAUUCCAUAGCAACGUUUUUCGAAAGUGUUACACACUUAAACAUAUUUGGGAGGAAUAGGAGCAGAGCUCCACAUUCAAGCUCUGCUUCUCCUUCUAACCCCAAAGGUCUCCUUGGCCGAAGGGCACCAGUUCGACCAAGACGUGGAGCUGCUGAUAUAUUACGAGGACAUUCACAAGCCCAGCGCCCUCCUAGAGGCUGGGAAACCUGGGGCUGCCGCAGGUGAGGAAAGCUUGGGGCAGCAGAGGAAAUGGGGGCAGAAACACAAAGGGUACUGGGAGGUGAAAGGGUGCUGCCUUGGGUGAAAAUGCCUCAUGGAUCUCCUUUCCUCCCGCAUUGCACAGGCUCUCUGAUGGGGGACCCAGCACUUCUGCUCACCCUGUACCCCAGUGUCCCUGCCCCCAAACCAGGCCAGAAGGCGACUGGAGAAUUUCUCUUCCUGCUGGACCGCUCUGGAAGCAUGGGUUCCUGGACCGAUCGGAACCCUGAUUCCCCAAAGCGGAUUCAGAGUGCCAAGGUACCCUGUGUUUGGAAGAAUAGGAUGAAGUGGUAGAAGGGAGGGUAAUGGAAGACUGCAGAUGAAUGGUUCCUCGGAAGGAGGCGAGGCCCGUAAUAAACGCUAGAGGUUGGGCUGGAGCGCCUAGGGUGACUCCUGCUUUUCUCUCCCCCCUCCCCAACCCCACAUUUCAGGAGACCCUGAUUUUCUUGCUGAAGAGUCUCCCUCUGGGAUGUUACUUCAACAUCUAUGGAUUUGGAUCGACCCAUGACUCAUUCUACCCGUGAGUGUCAAAAGAGUGUCCAGUGUUGUCAGACUCGUUACUUAUCUGCUCCUCCAUUUGCUCCUAUGUUGUAUCACUGGCAAUGGUUAACACAGGAAUCUGAACACACUUCUUUAUCUUCAGAUGUUGCUGAACUACAGCUCCAUAAUCCCUGGCUCUUGGAUCAUUGCCUGCUAGGGCUGUCGGGACUUGUAGUUCAUCAACAUCUGGAAGGCCAAAGGUUCCUCACCCUUGCUUUUAUAGGUCUAUGAAAUGGAAGGGUUUUUUAAAGUGUCAAGAGAUUUGACCCAAGGAGUUAGAAGAACUGUCCAAGGCACAAGGGGUAUUUUCACAAGCUAGCUUCCCAGCAUCUCCUGCAAGGCACAUUCUGGACCUCUAAACAUUUCUCACCUCCUCUUCCCCACUUGUUCUGCUGUUACCAUUCCCUCCAUCUUACCGGCACAGUAAACAUAGCCUUUUUCUAUCCUUGAUGUGGCUUGGCGCAUUCUGAGCACUGAAUGAUGAGAAGAGAAGUUUGAAUCUUGAGUGGAUGAGUUUUAGGGGAGCAAUUAGACCAUGUAACAAAUAAUAAUAGGGUGGUCCUGGUGGAAAUGUGGAAUGUUGUGGGAGGUUUACAAAACAGCCUGAUGGGGAAUCGGAUGAGUUUGGGAGGAAAAUGUGUCCUUUACCUCCUUGACUCUCUGAAACUCUCUACAGGCAGAGUGUUGAAUACACCCAGGAGACCAUGUCAAAGUCCCUCCAACGGGUGAAGGAGCUGGAGGCGGAUUUGGGGGGCACAGAGAUUCUGCGGCCACUGAAGGCCAUUUAUAGCCAGCCGUGCCGGGAAGGCUAUCCUCGCCAGGUAUCAAGAGUAGGGUUUUUAGUGACCUGCAAAGAGUGGUGGAACAAACAUGAAGUUGGUGUUUUUUGUGAAGGUUUUAAGUUAUGUGCAUUGUGUUUUUUCUACAUAACGCCCUGAUGUCCAUGAGGAUACAGAGUAGUCUAAAAUUAUUUUGAAUAAAUAGAAAAAUGUACAACCCCAUGGAAGAUACCAGAGUUGGGACCUCCCUUUGGAAGUGGGAAGGGGAACAGUUAUUGGGGCCAACUUCGUCUGUUUGCAGAUGGACAGUGAAUGCAAUUCUUGCCUGCAAACAGAUGUCAAAGAAGAGAGGCCCCCCACAUGUCAAUCGCCUGCCAUUUAAGUUAGCUUGCAUGGUAUGGAGGAAUUAAUGAGUCAGUCUUCUGCUCUCUCACACACUUUAUGCGAUUGCACCACCACUAGGAUAGGCAUUUUCCCCGUUUAUAUGUGGGGUUUGAAUGCAAUUGGGGCCUGCAAAUGGACUUCAAAGGGGGAAUGGGAUAGGUUCUGAUACCUCUCUGUUCUCCCUCCCUCUCUCUCUCUCUAGCUCUUUGUGUUCACGGAUGGAGAGGUGUCUAAUACAGAUGAGGUCAUUGCUGAAGUUCGACGUCACAGCAGCUCCCACAGGUAAGGCAAGGGAGAGGGAAACCAGCUUCUCACAGCUCUGCACCUGGCCUAGGUUCACCUCCUCUUUCUCUGACAGGUGCUUCUCCUUUGGCAUUGGCGAAGGGGCCUCCACAGCCCUCAUCAAAGGAAUUGCCCGUGCGGCCGGAGGCAGUGCUGAAUUCAUCGCAGGCAAGGAGCGCAUGCAGGCCAAGGUGAGGCUCAGGAGCUCCACAUUCCUCUUCUCCUGGUCUCCACCAGUUUCUCCUGAGCUGUGGGUAAACUGCCAGGUGCCCCCUGACAAUCCAUCAGAGCAUGGAAUCCCAGCUCUCCCACGCAGCACAACCACUAAGUUUUGGAAAAGAUCCAUGAAACCUUAAUACAUAAGGACUGCACCCUCAGAUUGAUCAUUUGGCUCACCCUUCUACACUUCUCCUGAACUGCAUAUGGAAACCUUGCAUUGCUAGUAGUGCCCAAUAGCUACGCUUUCUUUAUGGGACAUUUUAAACCACUUCGCUGGAAAGAAACAUUGGUUGCCUUCAUGAUUGCCUGGCUUAUUGAGGAUUCCUCCUCUGUUUAUAGGGAGGUUAGAUAUGACAUUGCAUCAAGCCAGGGUUAUUUCACACUUUCCGGUGCAUUUUCCUGUUGCUUCCCAUUCUGCAGAAAGUCUUAUCUUUUGAGGAGGAAGCUUCAGUUGCAGAAUCUGAAUCUUCCAGUGUCCUGUGGAAUCCUACCUGGGAAGUAGCAAGUCUGGAAGUGCCUAUAUUUGCAUGUUUCUGCUUGACAAAAAAAAAACACACUUCAGUUUCUCAUAGCACACAUCAUCUGCUUAUGAAUUCCAAUCUUUUUUAGUGCCCCCUAUGUGGCACGGGAAUGCGGGUGGCGCUGUGGGUUAAGCCACAGAAUCUAGGACUUGCCAGUCAGAAGGUCGGCGGUUCGAAUCCCCGCGACAGGGUGAGCUCCCGUUGCUCGGUCCCUGCUCCUGCCAACCUAGCAGUUCGAAAGCAUGUAAAAGUGCAGGUAGAUAAAUAGGUACCGCUCCGGAGGGAAGGUAAACGGCAUUUCCGUGCGCUGCUCUGGUUCGCCAGAACCGGCUUAGUCAUGCUGGCCACAUGACCCAGAAGCUGUACGCCGGCUCCCUUGGCCAAUAAAGCGAAAUGAGCACCGCAACCCCAGAGUCGGCCACGACUGAACCUAAUGGUCAGGGGUCCCUUUACCUUUACCUAUGUGGCACAGUCAUUGUGUUGCUCAGAGACUGUCCAGCAGGCUUCUAUUCUAUGUUCAGUGGCUUUUGGAGAAACCAAGAUGGCAUCUUCACCAGCCCCUCUCCUGACUCCUUUGCAAGCACUGUUCACACAGUUUCAAAACAAUCAUAGAAACAUAGAAACUUAUUUUUAAGCGAUAGUUGAACAGGAACUUUGAUAUUCUCUUGAUGUCAUUGCAAAAUUCUUUUUUCCCAUAGGCCCUGCAGUCUUUGAAGAAGGCCCUGCAGCCAGCCGUGACCAGGAUCUCUCUGAGCUGGGACUUGCCUCCUGGUCUGAAGGCUGAGCUUGUGGGGUCAGGCCCACAGGUCAUCUUCCAGGGGCAGCGCUGCCUCAUUUAUGCCCAGAUCCAUGGGCAGGACCAGGCAAGUAACCACCACCAGGACCUUAACCAAUGAAUAAUCCCUCCCUCCUAUCCUAAAUACCAAAACCUGCCAGUCCUGGUGUUUUAUAAUCCCAGAAUGUAUUGUUCCGAAGGCUUCUUACCCUUUCCCAGUUUUGAUCUUUCUUUUCUUCUGCAGUCUUCAGGCUCCACAGAAGGGACUGCUGUUCUUCAGUACCAGUUCCAAGACCAGACUUUCAAAGAAACGUUGAAGUUCUCACUCAGUUCUCAGGAGACUGACAGGUAGUACUGUCACAUUUUGUAAGUCUUCCCCCCCCCCCAACCUUGGACAAAUGUGAUAUGAUUUAUUUAAUUACAGAUAGCAUUUGGAAGCCAUCAAGCUAUAAUCCAGAUUUGCCAAUAGUCAAGGAAGAUUGGGUUUGGAUGGCCUAUAUUAAGGGGUUUACAUCAUGCCAAGUGGUCCCUGCAUUUAUCUCCCCGCUGCCCCCUUUUUCCUAUACUGCAGGCUUCCUGUUCACCGUCUGGCGGCUCAGACCCUCCUAAAGGAACUGGAGGGGGCUGGGGAGAAGGGAGAAGAAAAGCAGCGCCUGGCACUGGAGACGAGCCUGAGCUCUGGGGUGGUGUGCUCACAGACGGCCUUUGUGGGAGUGAACAUGGAGCUGGGCACAGCACUUCAAGGGCCCCUCAGCCGCCGAGACAUUCCCCAUGCAUGUGAGUUCAAGGAGAUGUGUUUGGCAAUGACCAUGGAUUCCAUGUUGGAUUCAGUGUCACUGCAUCUGCUCAGUACCUUCUAGAAAAGACUUUUGGGGUGACUUGGAGUUGGUUUUACUCAGCCUUCAUUAAGAUAAUUUGGAGAUAUCCGGUAUCCCACUCUAAGUGUGUGUGUGUGUGUGUGUGUGUGUGUGUGUGUGUUUCAAAUCUGUUUCGGUCUAAAUCUUAGCUUACCUUUACAACAUUCCAGCUUGAACUUUCAGAUCCAAUUGACAUAUUUUUUGCUCUUUUAGGAAAGUUCCAUCACUUGGUGUUCUCUAAAUAUUAGAGUUACAAGCUAAUGAAGCAAUAUUAGCUAUUCCAUUAGGGAAGUACACCUGCCUGAUUAAUUGUGGAUUCUGGCAGCCUUUACACUGAAAGGAAAUAGUUAAGGCAAAUUAUUUCAUAAAAGAUCGUUAGAAAAAGCUAAUAUGCUUCAAAAUAUCAAACAAUAUUUAAAUAAUAAUAUACAUACAGAAGUGAAUAGUGGAAGUUGAAUGAGCACAAUAACAUUUCAAACGGUUAUCAAGAAUUCUAAGGAGGCAGAACUCACCUUUUAUUUAAAAAAUAAUUCAUCCAUAGAGUAUCUUUCUGAGUUCUUCCAAUGGAGAAGAGAAGAAGCCGUGAUGAUAUGAUGAGCUGAACUUUAAUCCUAAGGCAUCAAAAGUCUCCUUAAAAUAUUUUCCUCAGCUGUGCUCAAACAAUUACAUAUAACUUUAAACUCAUGAGCUUUGCUAAUAAUACGUAACUUGAAAAGGUUUUUGAUAAGUACUCCUUAGCAAUGGUGUUACUUAGGAAAAAACUGAGCUAAGAGUUCAGUGUUGGAAACUACCAGGGGUCUUGAGGUGAGAAGUUACCUAUAUCAAGCUAUAUCAAAAGUGAAUAUAACUCACAUUUUCAUUCUGUCUCAGUAGGUCUUCUAGAUCUUCUAGGUCUUAGGCAACAAUCCAUUCAUGAAGCAAAGUUUAAUAACAAACUGUUAAGACCGCAAGAACUGACAAGUUUUGUUUAACCUAGGUAAAAUAAUGCUUUAAGUGCUAGAGCAGAGAGAUAUGUGGUCACAAUAUCAAUGUAUUUCCCUCAUAUCAAUGAGUUUCAAUGGUCACAACCCAAGAAAGCCAAGAUGGUGCUUGGAGAAGGGUUUUCUAUUAUUUGUGCCCUUAACGUUUAGCAUCUUGAGCAGGAGGAGGAGGGAGUAAUCAUCUUGGUCCAGAAUGUGGCUUGUGCUUCCUUGAGAUGGCUUGGCCCUAAUCUAUGUGAAGGAAGCCAUUGAGAAGACUUUUAAAGGAACUUCCUUCAGCCCUGCUGAUGUGUUUAUCAGCCACUUAAAAGUCUCUUCCCUUCUAAAUCGCUCUUUCUCCCCCUCUCUCCCUCCCUCCCUCUGAAUGUUGUUGGGCUACAACUUGAAAAUGUGACGAUUGCUGACUGAGGCAGAUGGAUGCUGGAGUCAAACAAACUGGGAAAGCCACUUGCUCCCUGGCCAAGAAAGGACUACAGUAUUUUUUAAACAAUGGAGGUCCAGCCCCGUCUGCGGGUGCUGCAGUCUGAAUGGGGAGCAGAUAGCAAGGCGGCCAUAGGAGCCAACUCCUAGGGGCUUUGGGGGGAUUCACCCUGCCCCAAUAAAAUAUUUGAAGGGUCUGGACCCCUGCAAAGUUGAUGGGCAUUGCCAUUCAAAUUGUUUGUGUGCACCAUGUCAUAUGAUCGAUUAUGCGGGGUUGGGCUUACCUGGGCCCCCCCAUAUAUUUUAUUUAAGUUGGCACCCCUGAAGGCGGCAGUUCUUUUGCUGUACAGUCAAUGGCUGCAUACACACCAUUUGUCUAAAGAACAUUUCCCUCCAAAGAAUCCUGGGACCUGUAGCUUGUUCAAAAUCUCAUUAGAUUUGUGUGUUUUUUCCUCCUUGGUCUAGUACAAGCUAGAAUGGCAUUGUGCUAUGCACAAUCUGCAUCUCUAGGCACAUCAUUUUCACCAAUGCCAACGGCGGGUUGCAACCUGAUGGUUUCCUGCUCUCCUCCUCCCAUGCAACAUCCUCGCUUGGUUAAGUCCUCAGGUAAUAAAAACACUGCCACCAUCUCAACUCUGUUCAUGUUCUGCAUAGAAGAGUUAAAACACUGAAUGCAUUCAUUUUGUACAUAGGCCUUAUCUGCAAUACUUGUUCCCUUAACUUUUAAUCAUCUGGGUUAAUUUGAGACGUGGCUUGGCCUUAAUCUCUGUGAAAGGGAGCCAUUUAGAAGACAAUUCUAAACUUUUAUAAACUACUUAAAAACCUCUUCCCUUCUAAAUCACUCUUUCUGGCUCUCCAGAUGUUGUUGGGCUACAACUUGUACAUGUGACCAUUGCUGACUGGGGCAGAUGGAAGUUGGAGUCAAAUCAAUUGGGAAAGCCACUUAAAAGGACUACGGUCCUUAAAAAACAUGGAGGUCCAGCCUAGGCUUUGAGAGCAGCAGUCCUAGGCAGGCAUAGAAUAGGGAGAAGACAGCAGGGCGGCAGCUCUUUGCUGUAGAGUCAAUGGCUACAUACACGCCAUUUGUCUAAAGCACAUUUCCCUCCAAAGAAUCCUGGGACAUGUAGCUUGUUCAAAAUCUCAUUAGAUUUGUGUGUUUUUUCCCUCCUUGGUCUAGCAUGUGGUGGAAUGGCAUUGUCCUAUGCACAAUCUGCAUUUUCACCAAGGCCAACGGCGUGUGGCAGCCCGAUGGAUUUCUGCUCUCCUCCUCCUCCUACGCAACAUCCUUGCUUUGCUAAGUCCUCAGGUAAUAAAAACACUGCCACCAUCUCAACUCUGUUCAUGUUCUGCAUAGAAGAGUUAAGAAUAGGGAGGCAUAGAAUAGGGAGAAGACAGCAGGGCGGCAGCUCUUUGCUGUGGAGUCAAUGGCUGCAUAAACACCACAUAUCUAAAGCACAUUUGCCACCAAAGAAUCCUGGGACCUGUAGCUUAUUCAAAAUCACAAUAGAUUUCUGUUUCUUUCCUCCCUUGAUCUAGCCUAUCUAUUCAAGGACAAACGAGCUAUGAAAAUGAUGUCUGGCUCCCGGAUGCUGUCAUCACCUCCUCCUCCCAUUCAAAAUUCUCACUCUGGUAAGUCCUCAGGUAAUAAAAACACUGCCACCAUCUUGAAUCUGUUCGUGUUCUGCGUAGAAGAGUUAAAACACUGAAUGCAUUCAUUUUGUACAUAGGUCUUACUUGCAAUAAGUCUGCAACUGAAAUAAUGUGAAUGGGAUAUUGAAUUGCAUGCUUGGCUUGAGUUGUACUUGCCUUUUUUUAAAUAUAUAUAUAUAUCACCAGUCAACAGUAAAACAAAACAAAUAGCAUACAUAAAAGAAUACAGUUCUAUACCUAACAAAUUCCUUCCACCUAUUAUGAUUUCCAAUCUCUCCAUCAUAGGUUCCAAGUUUUCUUUAUCAACUGCAUAUUAUUUAUUACCUAACUUCAGUUUACCCAAAAUAUCUAUGAUUUGUAUAACUUUGCAGGAGUCAUUCAAAACAUGCCAAAGAUUUCGUAUGAUUACAAUGUUCUUUUAAGUAUAACCUUAUUUAUCCCAUUCUCUACUGAAUUGGGAAAAAUGACAAGGAGAAUUCGGAAUCAAUCUGAGUUGCAUUUGUCAGUUCUUCUGACUGGGAGAUGGAGGCAGAAAGGGAGGUUGAUUGAGGGGGAAAUAGUAGAGACCAAAGUGGGCAUGGAUCCUAGGCAAGUCCCUCCCCCAAUUAUGCAGUGUUAUUCAACCCCUUCUGUAUUUCCAAUCGGGUACCAACAAUUCAACUUUCAGUGUGUGUGGUAUUGGUUUUUGGACCCUGUGAGGUCUAGAAGCUUGCACUUCAAAACAGAACUUUAAACCUCUUGAAUGUGCCAUGUCAGUACUGGUGCUCACAUGAAAACCAGGGAACAGGACUAUGUUGCUGACCCCACCCUCAGAUGCCAAUGCUUUUUAGCAUGGACGUCUAUAAACACAAUAUUUAAGCUGCUGCGAGAGACUUCCAGGUUGGUGCCUCCGGCAAUGGCGGAGUUCCUCUGAUCGGGAGGAACUUGCCCCGUGGGAAUUUGGGUCUGUACCGCCGCGGCGAAGGCGGAGACCCAUAAAAAUCACAGGCAGGAGAAGCCUGUGAACGUGGGAUUCAGCGGGCACCUUUUGCGCCUCCCCUACUCGCGGGGGAACCCGAUUUCGGGGACCCGGAGCGACGUGGGGUGAGUGGCGCAGUGCUUCGAAUCAUCUGCUUCUUCCACGGAGCAAAGCCGCAUAGCUGUUGCCGGAGAGCACUGACUUUUUCCUGUGGACAAUUUGACUCCAAAGUAAUUACCCGUGAGUAGAGCUGAUACAGGAGAAUCGGAUUUUAAACGUUUAAUUUGGCAUCGAAACGGGGAGGUUCAAAACAGGAAGUCCGCCUUCCCUAUUUGUAAAUAGACUGAGGCAAGGAGUCUGUAAGCUGAAGUCUUGGAAAGCCUUUUGUAAAAGAUUAAAUUUCCAUCGGUAAAGAGUAUAAAAUCCCCCUUGGAGGCAGGAGAAGAGGGGGGGAAGCUGUGGACUGAGUAUGCCUGCAGGAGAGAGUAAAGAGAGUUAAAAUACUGCCUCUCUGACCCUGGAAACGGGCUGCUAGUAGUACUGACGUUUUGGAAUGUCCAUUGACAGCACUUAGAACGUUCUUUGACAGCUAGCAGAAUAAGAGAGAUAUAUUGUUUCUACUGUCUCCGGCUACUUCUAAAAAGGAGUAAUAAAGUAACUGAAAACUGAAACUAACUUUGGAUUGUAUGAGUUGCGCUUAAAGGUGACAUUCUUGACUAUUAUAAAUAGAAACUGUUUCCCCCUAGUGGAAGUUUCUGAAAUUGGUUACUUUAUAAGAGCUGGGCUAGGGGAGUUUCCAGCUGCAAGAUAAAAACUGUGUGACUCUGGGAUUGACCUUGAAUCUCUUAAGUGUUAUGGCAAAUGGAAAGGAAAGAACAGAUGAAAUGUCAACAAAAGAGGCCUUAGUGGCCGCAUUAUUGAAAAUAAAUGACUCGCUGGAACAGCUUCACAAGAAAACAGAAGUGAUGAAUGUGAAAGCGGACGCUGCAAAUAAUAAAAUUGAUUUAAUUGUAGAAAGUUUAAAUAAUCUGGGACAAAAGGUGAACACCAACACAGAAACCACCCAGAAAUUGACACAGGAAUCUACUUUAAUACGGCAAACUGCGGAUGAAGUCAGGGAGAAAACCUUUGCUGCUGAAUGUAAAACAACACAAUUGGAGUGUGAGAGAGCCCCAUACAUUCAAAAGCAACUUGACGAAUAUAAGCUGACAUUUGCUAUGAUGGAGCUUAAAGAAAAACAGAUGAAUUUGAGGAUCAGAACCCCACCAGAACUGGGAAAAGAAAGUUUGACAGAGCUUCAGGAGGAGACAGGAUCAACAUCGGCUGAGAAAGAGAGAUUUUUGGGGGUCAGUAGGACCGCCAAAAAUGUGAAUUUACUUAAGGGUAACUGUGAAGGACGUUGGAUUGAAGAGAAGGGGGAUUGGGAAAUAUGGACAAAUUUGAAGUUGUUAUGGUUGGGCCGAGCUGUUGUGGUGGGGAUGAGGGUUGCUGUGUUGCCGGGGAUGUUGCUUUUGUGUCAAAAAGUGCAAGUUUUGGAUCGGAGGGAUUGUUUCAGGAGGUGGCAGAGGGAUGUUCCUGGAUUGGUUUGGCAGGGCAGGAAGCCUCGAGUAAAACUUAAGAUAUUGACGGAUGCUAAAGAAGGAGGUGGACCUGCCCUGCCAGACACCUAAACUUUGUGGUGAAUCAUCUGCUCUUUGCUGGCUGAGAGAAUGUCUGUCUUUUAAAAGCACUGAAGUAUUGGAUAAUGGCAGAUGAAGUUGAUGGACUAGACGGAAUUGGCGGAAAAGACUGGCAAGAUCCGAGACCAGGGAGAAGAGUCGGUGGAAGAAGACUGGGAAAAGUUUAAAGACUAUUUAUAGAAAUAUUGUAAAAUUAAUGAAUGUUAGAAGAAUGUUGGAAUGAAAUUAUAUGGCUUCAGUAGAAAUGUUAUAAGGAAUUAAGUAUAAAUAGAUUAAUAGAGUAUUAAAGGAAAGUAAGGUUAAAAGGUGUUAAGAUAAUUAUAGGAUAGAAAACAGGGGAAGAUGGUAAGGAAUUGCUGAAAUAAUUAAUAGAAGUGGAAUACAAAAAGGGAGGUGUGAGGAGGCCGUGGAAAUAUGGGAAAGAAAGAUAAGAUAUUGGAAGUUUUUUCUUUUUUCUUUUUUUUCUUCUUUCUUUUGAUGUGUUUCUAAAGUGUUUUUGUUUUGUUUUGUUAAUUUUUAUGUAGUGUUUUUGUAUUAUAAUGUAUUGUUUUUUCUUUGUUUUUUCUUUUCUAAGUGUUUAAAUUGUUGUAAAAGUAAUAAAUAUUAUUAUUUAAAAAAAAAUAUUUAAGCUGCUGCUUCUGCCUGGGCUCAGGGCCAUCUUAAGCAUAUGUGGUGCCGGGGUGCAAAGAUCCGCCCAGCGCCCCCAAAGUUGUUGACCUUUUUUUUGGAAAAUCUCUCUCUAGCAAACUUGUUGGUCAUAAAACGUUGAUCAAUGUGGAAAAUGAAUCAACCCACUAAAAGUCAAUGUAUAUCAAACAUUUUCUCAAUUGGAGCCACGGUUAGUUUGCUUUCAUCUCAUUAACACAUACUGUAUGCUUCAAAUACCAGUUAAGAGAUUUUGUUACUACUGGUCCGAUAAAGUUGUUAACAUCAAUAGAAUUCACAACAACAAAAAUGCUUGCCCCUACAACAUUUCACAGCUCUUCCCAUUCCCAGAUGACUCCAACUCAGCCCCGGACUCCCCAACCCGGCGCCCUCAGGAGCGUGGUGCCCGGGGGCCCCUUGCACCCCCUGCUGGAGACGGCCCUGCCUGGGCUCUCAUCCUGAUGAUGUGGAAGUCUCCUUGUAAGAAGCUACUCAUGCAUAGGCUCAGUCAGCGUAAAUGUCUGUUCCGGUGCACUACAACCUCACCCACCAUGUGUGGUGAAUUUAUGAAGGAGGCUUUGCUGCCAGGAGUGGGAGACCAAGUGAACUACAAGCCCAUUGCCUUAAUUACUGUCCUGUGUAAAUCAACAGGGAUAAGCUUGUCCUACAAGCACUUUUCUCAGUAACCUUGAGCUUUAAGUUUGAUGGGCACACUGUGAGGCUGAGAAGCAUCGGCUGGUGCAGAGUGCCGCAUCCCAUCUCCUGAUGGAAACUAGACAUAACGAUAACAUAAUGUACAGCAACUGCACUGGUUCCUGCAAGUAAACCAGGCCCAAGUAUUUAACCCAUCAAGCCCUUAGAAUAUAUGAACUGCACCUCUGUGUCAGACCAAAGUUCCAGCAUUUUCCCGUGUGCAAAACUGGCAAGCAGAGUUUAAAUUGCAAUCACUCUCCCUUUUCCUUUGUUUCCUUGUGUCAGCUAUUCAGGGCAGAUUCCAUUCAGCUGACACAACCACUGUACUUUUCCAUGUGUAAGACGAGUAUUUUUUACGUGAAACUAAUGUUUUAAAAUCGGGGUUGUCUUAUGCACGGGUAGUGCAGAGGGGGGGACGGGUGAUUGUUUGAUGCUGUGAGCCGAAGAUUGUCAGUGGUGGUCGUGCGAGUGAUUGGUGGCUGUGGCAAGGUUUUUAUUGGAUUCGCUGUUGCAGCGGCAAUUCGGCGGGCGACAGGUGGCGAGUAAUCAGGCGUUUGGUGUCUUCUCUGUUGCGUCUGAUAGGAAGCGUUCAGGCGGGUGAGUGAUUUUUCAGCAUCCCCCUCCCCCCAAAAAACUCAACAAGUCUUCCCCCAUUUUUUAAAUUUUUAUUCCCCAAAAUAGGGGGUGUCUUAUACAUGGGGGCGUGUUAUACACAGAAAAAUAUGGCAUAUAGCUAGCGACUUCCUACACAGAUUUGGGUCUUUAUUGUUGUUUUUAAGCUAAUGGGGGCGGGGAAUACUUUGGAAGAACUCACUACAGGAACUGACAGAAUUCCAGAAUCAAAUAAUAUGAAAAUACAGGAAGGGGGACUGUGACCUGAUGGAAGAUGUUGGGUUUCAACCCCCAUCAGCCCUGUCCAGAUAACAUGCCUAAAGGACAGGGGUGAUGGGAGCUGUAGUCUUUCUGGUUUUCUGGUUCAGCAAUUUUAUUUUUUUAAAAAAUAUUAUAAUCCACACAGUCAUAAGAUAUAUGAAGGCAGCUUACAACAUACUAAAAUAUAUAUAAAAAAUAGUAUAAAAUAUUAUACUAACAUAUAAUAAAAUCAGUGUUUAAAAUAUCCAUAAACCAUAACAAAAAACACCAAUAAAACUUCCUUCAAUACUGGUUUGUUUAAACAAAGAGAUUCAUACGUGAAGACUUGUCUGAACAGUACAGUUAACAGAAGAUAUCUAAAAAGAAGGCUGGGAUAGUCCCUUCCAAACUGGGUGGGAGUCCUGUGGGGCAGAGCAUGCAACACUGAAGGCCCAGUCUCUACAGAAGUCCAACCAAACCUCGGGGGCAUGGGGAGCCAUCAGAAAUGCCUCUUCAGAGGAUCUUGGUGAUCAAGGUAGAGCAUAAGGUGGAGCAUAUUAGGAAGUACCACUCUUUGUAUCAUCAUGCCUGUCUAGCGAGAGCUUUGGAAAAUGUAGCUAGUAGUGUAGCUGGGAGAGUUCUGAAUGUGGUGUGGAGGCUGCAAGUUGUCUUAAUUUAUCUUCUUUUUAUUGCCCCUUGCAGAGCCCACUCCCAGGGAGAAGGAAUCGCCUCUCUUGAGCUUGGUGUCUCUGCAAAAUGCUAAUGGCUCUUGGCCACUUGAUUCUGGUCUGGCCACCAUCCUAGACCUGAGCGAGGCUGAGAUCUCAAGCAAGUCACCUGCCCAGGUAAGGUCUGUGGCAGGAUCAGUGGCAUUGUCCUUUGUAAUAAAAGCUCUGUUAAAGCGAUUGUUGGAAGCAAUUAAUUAAAAACUUCUCCUGUAUCGGAGUUCCUUCUGUGGGUUUUUCCCCCACUAUGGCCAUGUUUUAUGCUUUCAACGAGAGAGGGAGAGAGAGAAAGUAGAUCUGCAAAAGCAGAUGGUUCAUCUGAUUCAUGUGUUUAUUUCCCAGAUUGUGGCCAAAUUGUAACCAGGUACUGAAAGGUCACACUCAGCCUUUGUUUUGUUUUUCUUUAAGAACUGUCAAAUGUAAUUUCUGUACAGAGCCAGUGAGGGAGCAGGGCUCAGUGCAUAUCUGUCUUUUGACUCCUGCUCCAUAUUGCCAGGUGACUCCGUUUCUAGAUUUGUCUGGCAGGGCAAGAAGCCCAGAAUAAAAUUUAAGAUAUUAACUGACGCCAAGGAAAGAGAUGGAUUUGCCCUGCCAGACCUUAAACUUUAUUAUGAAUCAGCAGCUUUUUGCUGGCUGAAAGAAUGGCUACUUCUUGAAAACACAGACAUUUUGGAUCUAGAAGGUUUUAACAAUGUAUUUGGAUGGCAUGCAUAUUUAUGGUAUGAUAAGGUCAAAGCACACAAAGCAUUCAAAAACCAUAUUGUUAGGAAAGCAUUGUUUAAUGUUUGGAUAAGAUACAAAGACUUAUUGGAAAAUAAAACCCCAAGGUGGCUGUCACCAAUGGAAGCAAAAGCUCUGAAAAGGCUGAAUAUGGAGGCCAAAUGGCCGACAUAUUGGGAAAUUUUGGAGCAAGAAGGAGAUAAAUUGAGAUUGCAGAGUUUUGAAAAAUUAAAAAAUAAAGUGAGAGACUGGCUCCACUACUAUCAGAUAAUGGAGGCAUAUAAUUUAGGUAAGAAAAUAGGCUUCCAAGUGGAAAAGUCAAAAUUAGAAACAGAAUUGUUAGAACCCAAAACUAAAAAUUUGUCAAGGAUGUAUAACUUGCUGUUGAAAUGGAAUACUCAGGAUGAAACGGUGAAAUCUGCUAUGAUUAAAUGGGCACAAGAUGUUGGACAUAAUAUUAUGUUCGCUGACUGGGAACAGUUAUGGACCACAGGUAUGAAGUUUACGGCAUGUAAUGCCUUAAGAGAGAAUAUUAUGAAAAUGAUAUACAGGUGGUACAUGACCCCAGUCAAGCUUGCAAAAAUUUAUCAUUUGCCCGAUAAUAAAUGUUGGAAAUGUAAAGAAACUGAAGGUACAUUCUUUCACCUUUGGUGGACGUGCCCAAAGAUUAAGGCUUUCUGGGAAAUGAUAUAUAAUGAACUGAAAAAGGUAUUUAAAUAUACCUUUCUGAAGAAACCAGAGGCCUUUCUCUUGGGCAUUGUCGGCCAAUUGGUGCCAAAGAAGGACAGAACCUUUUCAUGUAUGCUACAACAGCAGCAAGAAUACUCAUUGCAAAGUAUUGAAGACACAAGAUCUACCCACUUUGGAAGAAUGGCAGAUGAAGGUGAUUGACUACAUGGAACUGGCGGAAAUGACUGGCAGAAUCCGAGACCAGGGAGAAGAGUCGGUGAAAGAAGACUGGAAGAAAUUUAAGGACUAUUUACAGAAAUAUUGCAAAAUUAAGGAACUUUAGAAGGAUGUUGGAUAGAAACUAAGAGGUUUUUAGCUGUAAUGCUUUAAGAGACAUGGAAAAGGUUAACAAUUGGGUAAAAGAUUAAUGGUAAGGAUUUGCUGAACCAACAAAUUGAAUUGGAAUACAAAGAAGGGAGGUAUGAGGAGGUCCGGGGAAAUAAGAGUAAGGAAGAUAGGUUAUGGAACUUUAUUGUGUUUUUAACUGUUUUAUUUUGUACGUUUUUUUUUCUUAUUUUUUACUGUUUUUGUUAUAUCUUAAAACUUUAUACUUUUUCUUUAUUCUGUAUUUUCAUGUAUCUUUGUGAAACUUUAAUAAAUAUCAUUUAAAAAAAAAAACACAUAUUGCCAGGUGACUCCAGAUGCAUGGGCGACUGUUCUGGCCCUUCUCUGGCUCCACUCCAGUGCCAUAGACCAGAGGGAUGAAUGGGAAUUACUGGAAACUAAAGCUCUCAGCUGGCUCCAGGCGACUGCAGGUGAAAAACUUGUUUGUUUGCUUAAUGUAUUUAUACCCUUUUUUUCUCCCAGACUGGGAUAGAAGGUGACUUAUAUUUCAAAACACUUUAAAACACCGAGCAGUAAAACAAAAAUAAUGAAAAUGCAUUAAAAAUGCCUUUGAAACAAUCAUGGAAGUUCAGCUUGUCCUAACCAGCCCAUUAUUCCACAUCACCUGCGCCUUAGUUUUCAAAGGCCUGUCUGAAUAAAGGUAACAAAAGAGGGAGCUAGUCUAACUUCUCUUGGAAGGGAAUUGCACAAUAGGCUUAUUGUGCUUUUAUUUAUUUAGAGCAUUUAUUUAGAGCCUAGGGCUUGCCGAUCAGAAGGUCAGCAGUUUGAAUCCCCGUGACAGGGUGAGCUCCCGUUGCUUAGUCUGUGCUCCUGCCAAUCUAGCAGUUCAAAAGCAUGUCAAAGUGCAGUAGAUAAAUAGGUACCGCUCCAGCGGGAAGGUAAACAGUGUUUCCGUGCGCUGCUCUGGUUCACCAGAAGCGGCUUAGUCAUGCUGGCCACGUGACCCGGAAGAUGUACGCCGGCUCCCUUGGCCAGUAAAGCGAGAUGAGUGCCGCAACCCCAGAGUCGUCUGUGACUGGACCUAACGGUCAGGGGUCCCUUUACCUUUACUCCACUCUUCAGUAAAGAGUGACUGUAUAUAAGUCACUCUUCAGUGCGACUUAAAUACAGUCAGGUAAAGCGAGACAGUGCUUACCUGCAGGCUUACAAUCUUAAAACAACAACAACACAAGGGGGAAAGGGACAGGGAGAGAAAAAGGGAGGAAUCAAACUGACACCAUUUCCUAAACUGUUGUUCUGAUAAUGACCAGCUGGCACUGCUUAGGGGCUGAACGUGCCUGAUGGAGCAGGGCUUUGGGAAAAGCUGAUAAGAAUGAACUCUGCUUCCCAGCUCUCCUGAAGUCAGAAAGUUUUAGGCAGCUGGAUGCCAGUAAGCUGAGAAAGAAUGAAGGAGUCUAGACAGAGGCUGGAGUUUGAAGAUGAGUCUCCAACAGGAGUCUAAACUAUGCUGUAUUUCAUUUGAGGUGCUGGGGUUUUUCCACCCCUACUUGAUCUCAGACCAAUCCACUUUCCCAACAAUUUACAGUGUACAUUAAAAAAUAAAAUAAUCCUGGCUCACCACAGGGGUUCCAGUCUGUUAAACUGGGAGGCACAACUGUCUCCAGGUCCUGCAUUAGAGAUUUCUUCAGAUUUUGGCUGGGGAAGAUGGUGAUUCCUCUAUCAUUCCAACUAGGAGAGCGUAGAAUGAGGAUGACUUGCAGGGCAAAGAGCACACCUGCUUGGAUCUUGCCUAUCCAAUUCAGAAGGCAGCGCUUCCUGCUUGCAAUCACUAUGAGGAACAUUUCUGCACCAUCCAGUGGUCUCUUAUUGCCUUUCUGCCAUUCAGUUAAUUGCACUUCAAAAUGUUGCCCCUUUGUAUGAUUUGUGAUUGGUUUCCCCUUCCAGGCCUUUGGAAAAAAAUGUGUUGGAGCACACUCAGACUUCGCUUUAAAAAAUGAGUAAAAGAUGGAAUGAACAGCAGCCCUCUGUCUUCCUCCCCAUCGCACAUAGAUGGAGUGAUCAGUUAUUGGCCCUGGAAAAAGAGUUGGGCGCAGGCUGAAAAGUGAUAUUUGGUGCUGAUAGAGCCUAACUCUGCCUCUUUGUUUGUCUGCAGGGUCCCAGCUGGCUCAGUGCGUGAAGGCUGGCAAUGAGAUGCUGGGCAGCAGCGUGAGCCCAGAGGCUUUUGGGAUCUGAGUUUGGCUCUGUAGCCUUGUGCUUUUUAAAACAGGAGUUUCUGCUGCACUCUUCUUUUCUUCUCCUGCCAAAGUAUAGCUGGCUGCCAUCUCAUAAAGCUCUUGUCAGUCCCUGAGCUGAGCAGUUCCUUCUGAUUCCUCCAUGUCUUCACUGCAAGAAGUGCUGGAGUUUCCUCUCAUAUGGAGAUGCCUUAUAUUGGUCUGCUGUGCUUUAAGCCAGCACUCUGUGCUAGUGAGGGUACCAAAAAAAAAAAAAAACCACUGAAAGGAAUUACAAACUGCAAAAUAAACAACCAUACAGUACUUAAAUGAAAUUUUGUUACAAACCAGGUUUGGCCACUUUUCUGCUUUAACCUGAAACCCAAAUCACUAUCUAAAUUUUGAACACCGUCUGUUCUCUAUACUGUUUGUUCCAGCAGAUUAAAACAAUAGUUUAUAAUCUACCUACACCCAAAUGCAUGAUGUCAGCAGAAAAGGGGAGCAAAUAGUUUGAGAGUUAAUACUGGACAGGUGGGUACUGAAUAUGUCUUUUAGUGGAAAGCCACAUUUCUCUUCAGUGUUCCAGACCUUUAAAAGCUCAGAUGGAUAAAAGCCUUUACAGCUCUGCAGUUCCAGUCUAUGCACUCUGCCAAAGCUGAAGUAUGCUAUCACCCGAUUCCUUAUGAAGAGAGAGUUUGCCAAUGUGCCUGAAGAUUUACCCUACUGCCUACUGGUUUGUCCAAUCUACAAGGACUUAAGAGCAGUCUUGUUCAAAGAUUUAAAACUCUCAGCUGAGAGAUCUGUUGGGUAUCCCAUUAAUUAUUUUUUAGGGGACAGGUCCCCCUACACCUUUGAAAAAUGUGGACUGUUUUGCCUUCAGAGCAGCAAGCCUAAGAAGAAAAGUUUGUGAAGAUGGCUGACACGAUAAUCAUGUAUUUUCUAUGAUUUUAUAUAAUUUUUAUUUUCCAUUUAAUAAUAUACAUUCACAUCAUUAUUAUCCACUUUACCUCCCUGGCUCUUUAGACUCUAUCGACUUUCUUCCCUCCUGUCUCAUGGCUUUCAAAAUUAACCUUUGUAUCAUUGCAUUUUGUACGUUUUCCAAUUCUAAUUACUCAUUACAAAAUAGCUCAAAAUUUAAAUAAAUAUAGAAAGGUAGAAAAUGUCUCAUUACAAGUCUUCAGACACCCCUGCUAGUGAUGUUAAUUGCAUACAAUAAUCUUUCAUAUCAUAUAAAUUUCAUAUAUAUCAUAUAUAUAUAUAUCAUAUAAAUUUACUCCAGUCCUUUUGGAAUACUUGAUCAUGUAUUCUCAUUGUUCCUCUCUUAAGUUUGCAUUUCAGCAUCAUGACAGAGAUGGUACAAAUCACAAACAGAGUAAAGGAAAAAACUGAAAGUGUCUUUAGCCAUGACGUUUAAAAACAAGUGCAAAACAGGAAAUGUAUGCCUUGCGGGCAGGCUGACAGGUAGACCAUAACAGGUUUAUAUCUGUGUAACUGGGGAUCAGGGUUCAGCCUCUGAUUGCCUUCUCUGAUUGCUUGCUGUAUUCUGCUGGAGCAAGAAAUAAAACUGCUUUUAAGAGAAUUCUUGGGUGUCACUUGGUUCAAUUUUGAAUAUAUAUAUAUAUAUAUAUAUAUAUAUAUAUAUACAUAUAUAUAUAUAUAUAUAUAUAUAAUGGAUUAUAGAGUUGAUUGGAGAUUGUGUGCAUAUAUAUAUGGCACUUUAUUUUAAAUAUUAUAGUCACAUCUUUUAAAAAGUAGUUAGCCUUGCCCAGCAAUCAAAAUAGCUUAGCCACCAACACUGCCUACAGGCUCAAAUGAUAAUCUCAAGAAUGGCAGGACUGGGAAAACACUAGCUGAGUAUUUCUCUGCUAGACCCAUAUUAAAUUUGGUUUCCUGGGAAUCACAUAAAAUAGAUGGCCAGUGGGGUCAUCAAGUGUUCCAACAGUGUUUAUGAAAAUGUUAUAAGAAUUUUAAGGUCUUAUAAAUAUAAAAUAGAUGUUCAUAAAUGUACCAAGCAAGCACAUACAUAAAUGUAUAGACCACAUGUCUGAGACCCACAGGCAAAGUCCUGAAACCAUUUGUCUCUUCCAAAUUGACCUCAAAUAUUUCUCUGCAAGGUCAAAGGAAAUGGGGAGCCUCUCCGUUGUCUCUUUGCUCACAAAUCCUGUCUCAAGGGCACAGUUAAGAUAUGAAUAGGGUGAGCCUGUGACCUGGAGUCAAUAAUUGAGUACAGUUAUCAUAACAAAAGAGUGGCCAGGAUGCCCAGGUAAUCCAAUCAGGUAACCUGGCAGACAGGAUAAAAACAACGCACUCAGAUUUCUGUUGUAGUCCUCCCCUUCUCUGAUGUAUUGGGGGGGUGGUCUUGGGCUACACCCCUUCUGUGAUGUAUGUAUGAUGUUUCUGGGGGUGGUCUUGACUCUUGGACUCCAGGGCAGGCAAUUCAAAAGUCUAUAUAAGGGCUUAGAAAACCACCCUGCCACAUUCCACAAUAACAACUGCAGAGAGGAAUUUUGCACCAGGUUCCCAGCCAUGGCAUAAAGUCAAUCUAGGUGCAUGUCAGAAGGUUGGCUAUCACUUGAAGCCCUGGACGGUUCCUGAUAUAUUUCCUCCACUACCCUUGGGGCGUCGGUUAUUAAUCCGUGGACCCUGGUGUCAUUUGCUAAGGCAAUUGGGGGGUCUUCAUCGAAGACAAUUAGAUCUGUCUCUGUUUGUCUGUGUGCCGCAUUUCCCUUGGGAGGAGCGUCACUUGGCGAUGGCUGAUUGGGUUCCAGCCGGGGUAAUGGAUGGUGAAUUUCAAGAUCAAACAAGGGGCUACUGGAGUAUCCUGUCUUUGACUUAUCUGGAUUGGGCUGGCGUUCUUUAUGUAACUAGCCUUUUUGCUCUGAAGUUUUCCUCUCCAAGGGAGUGUUACGGCUGGGUGCAUCACGCAUAGACAAAGAGGGCAUUGAUUCCCUAGGGUCAGUAUGGCAAUACGGCAAAUUUGGCAGUAGUUGUUUUCGUUCUGUGUUUUUAAAAACUCGCCUCAACUCAAUAUUAUAGUCCUGUAAGAGGGCCCUAUAUUUCAGGAGCUUUUUAGGAGUUGUCGAGUCGGAAAAGGUCAGCAUGGGUCUGGUGUGUUGGAAGUCCGUGCAAAGCAGGUUUAUCGCAAUCAGAUUGUCGCACUGGAUAUUUAGUAAAAGCUUAAGGUUUCUCUUCACACUAGCGAUUGAUUUCCAGUAAGGCAGCAUACCGUUGAAAGGAUAUACUGUAUAUCGAGAGCUACUUGGGUGUUUUGUAGGAUCCAGUCCCUAUUUUCACUUUUGUUACUUUUGCUAUUAGUAGUCUCUCGGUUGUCGGAUCCAGACCGGUUACACCCCUGUGCACAGUGGUCUUGGAGGGCAACGCUAUGGUCAGUCUCUUUAGUAUUGAGGGUGCUAUUUCUGGCCGCCAAAAGCACCAACUCAGCCAGGAGUGAUGUUACCUUUUCUAGUUUGGUGUUAAUUUCCUCCACUGUUCUUGCAGUCAGCAGGCAGUGGUCCGCGAGUAUUUCCACAUAGAGUGGUGGCCUCUCAGAUAGUAGUUCAUGAGAUGGUUCAUGGGUGCUCAUCUCAGCGUUCUCCCCUGGGUGGUCUCCACCCAUUAAGCGUUCCCACCUACCUGGGAAUGAACUCUGUUUGAUGUGGUAGGUUCUGGAUUCUGGGCUCUUACGAAAUCAUCCAGUUUGCUCUGCUUGCACUUCUGCUGUGGGCUCACUUGUGAAUAUGAAGCUGGUCACUUCUUUUUCCUAGACAUUUUCACGGAGAUGCAGCAGCUACUAGUGUCCUUCCAUGAUUAGGGAGUUUGAUCUCCUCUCCUGCUGAUAAGUAGUUGGUAGAUUGAGUCGAGCUGGAGCUAAUUAAGGCUUUCUCCGAGACUUUCCAGGGCUUUCUCUAAAACUUUUAGUUUAAACUUGUGAUUAUAAUAAUUAAGAAAAAGAUACCAAGCGAUAAAAUACUAGAACUGAUAAAAGCUAAUAAAAAGCUGAUAAAACUAGUAAAACCUAAUAAAAACCACACAACUGACACAGAGCUCAAAUCGAUGCUUCCUCUAGCGACACCAUCUUUAAUCCACGUUCUAAUAUAGCAAGUCCUCCUCCUCUCUCCUGCGUGUGGGGGAGCACCCUGUUGCAACAGGUUUAAUAAAGAUCAGGCUUACGAGCUGCUUUGCGUCUCAAUAUUCUCUGGUUGGCCUCUGUUAUUUUCUCCUACCGAUGGAGAACCUACAAUGUGUACCCCAUAAGGGAAAGGUAGCAGUUUUUGUUUACAACAAAAACAAGAGGACACCAUGACUUUAAGAUUAAUGGCCUAAAGAUGGAAUGGAAAAAUCCUCACCAGUAUCUAGUACGGAAUUUGUGGACACUCCCUGGCUGGGGGCGGGAGUAACGGGAAGUCCCUCUGCGUUCAGCUCAGAAAGGUUUACUUUCGGUUUAGCUCCGCUGUUUGCAGAGCAAGUCGAGGAGGAAGGACGUCCAUCGAGGUCUGCUGGCGCAUUGAGGUAAGAAAAUGAUUUACUGCGUUUGAUUUCUGAAUGGGCUCGUCUCUACCGCAUCCUCAUAGCAUCGCUCUCUCGCUCUCUCUUUCCUGUAAACAAAAAUGCAGCCUUGACUAGAUUAUCUGGAUCCCCGUUACUUUACGUAUUUGCGUCUGGAUCUGUUUGGGACUCAAAUCCCCUUUUGCUUCCCAACUUCCCGCAUCUUUGUUCCCUCUGAAUAAACACUCACCACUCACCCGCUCUUUAACCCUGGCGAUCAAUAUUCUAUCAUAUCUUUAUUGCUUCUUGGGCCAUUUUGCCUUAUUACAGCCAGCGAUUUCGUUCUGCCACUAGGAAUCUCCCUUCCUAGGGAGGUACCAAAGUGGUUGAUAGGUCUCCUCCCUCCUCUCUCUCCUCCCGUUUUAUUUUCUAAAUGUAGCGUGUGUGGACAACUCUGCCUAGAAGCCUGGUAAUCUCAUCCUAAAACUCUGCAUCCUAAUUCCGGAGCCUGAGAAAGCUGGUUGCACCAACGGGCACUCUGCAUGUGCUCAGAGGUGCAUUCUGUGUUGUUGCUGCUGCUGUUCUGAAGAGAUGUUUUGGGACUGUGAUGUAGUCGGGUGAGACUUCAGAACUUCAGAAGUUCUUCAUGGCCUCUUCUUCCUCUCCUGGGCUUGUGGAUGUUUUUCCUGUGGUACAACUAGGGUUAGACACCUGUGCCCUGCAGUGGGUGGGGGGAAAGUUGCAGAGUGGCCCUACCAUUAGGCAGAGUGAGGCAGGCACCUCAGGCAGCUGGAUUUGUGUGCCAUAGAAAGACAGCAAGUUAGUUUUUUUUUAAAAAAAAUGGCCAGGGAGAGCUGCAGCUGCACCUAUUUCUGCUUAUGCGGUUUUCUCCUUUGGGUGCCACAGUACCUUGCCUGGGCAAUAGCACAUCUUGACUAAGGGUGGGGAGUGUUUGUUGCAGCUCCACCCAGGAACCCAAACACUUUUGACCAGCUCUUCUAUGGAACAGUUAAUUCUGUCAUAUUGAUGUCAAGAGUGACUCAGUAUUCAUGAGGCGUGCCUGUGGUUUUGCAUUAUGGAGUAGUUAUUUGGAGUAGUGAUUUGCACUGUUCCGUAGCUGACCCCAAGCCCUACCUUCCUUGUGCAGUGGAAAUUGGAAGGCAUUUCCCAACACUCGCUGUAAUCCAGUGCUAAUGCUACUGGCCCCUCCAGGGAGCAGGCAAGAAAUCUCAAUAAACUUUGAGGUCUGGCAGGGCAAAUCCACCUCUUUCCUUUGCAUCCGUUAGUAUUUUAAAUUUUAUUCUGGGCUUCUUGCCCUGCCAGACAAAUCUAGAAAUAUCUUUCUGCCACCUCUUGAAACAAUCCAUUCUGUCCACAAUUUGCAAAGUUUGAAACAAAAACAACAUUCUAGGCAAUACAUUCAUUUUUAUCGCAGCAAUACGGCCCAGCAAUGAAAGCUUCAAAUUUGACCAAAUUUCUAAAUCUUUUUUCACUUCAGCCCAACAUUUUUCAUAGUUAUCUUUAAAUAAGUUCCCAUUUUUGCUGUCAUGUUAAUCCCCAGGUAUUUAACUUUCUUAACCACUGUUAAACCUGUCUCAUUCUGAAACCUCUCUCUUUCAAUCGGUGUUAAAUUUUUCUCUAAAACCUUAGUUUUUGACUUGUUCAAUUUAAAUCCUGCCACUUGACCAAAUUCUUGAAUCAGUUCUAAAACCCUUUUAGUACUAGAUUCUGGCUCCUGUAACGUCAAUACUAAGUCAUCUGCAAAUGCUCUCAAUUUGUACUGUUUAGUUCCGACCUGUAUACCUUUAACCAACUGGUCCCUUCUAAUCAUAUUCAGCAAAACCUCCAGGACCGAAAUAAAAAGAAGUGGGGAAAUUGGGCAACCUUGUUGUAUCCCUUUUUCAAUUUUAAGUUCUUCCGUCACAACAUUAUUUACAAUUAGUUUAGCCUUUUGUUCUGAAUAAAUUGCACUUAUACCAUUCUCAAAACCUUGGCCUACCCCCAUACCCUGUAGAUUCUUCUUCAUAAAGUUCCAAGAAAUGUUGUCAAAGGCUUUCUCCGCGUCUACAAAUAUCAAAACUGCUUUAGUGUUUAUGUUCACUUCUAGUUUUUCCAAAAUAUCAAUUAUAUUCCUCAAAUUGUCAGACAAAUGUCUUCCUGGGAGAAAGCCCACUUGGUCUUUGUGAAUCUCUUCCAUCAACACUUUUUUAAAUCUCUUAGCCAAAAUAUCUGCAAAAAUUUUGUAAUCCACAUUAAGUAAUGAUAUAGGGCGGUAGUUCUUAAGCUGAAUCAGCAGCUUUCUGCUGGCUGAAAGAAUGGCUACUUCUUGAAAACACUGACAUUUUGGACCUAGAAGGUUUUAACAAUGUAUUUGGAUGGCAUGCAUAUCUAUGGUAUGAUAAGGUCAAAGCACAUAAAGCAUUUAAAAACCACAUUGUCAGGAAAGCGCUGUUUAAUGUUUGGAUAAGAUAUAAGGAUUUGUUAGAAAAUAAAACCCCAAGGUGGCUGUCACCAAUGGAAGCGAAAGCCUUGAAAAAGCUUAAUAUGGAGGUCAAAUGGCCGAAAUAUUGGGAAAUUUUGGAACAAGAUGGAGAUAGACUGAAAUUGCAGAGUUUUGAAAAACUAAAAAAACAAAGUGCGAGACUGGCUUCAUUAUUUUCAGAUAAUGGAGGCAUUUAAAUUGGACAAGAAAAUUGGCUUCCAGGUGGAAAAAUCAAAAUUAGAAACUGAACUGUUAGAACCCAAAACUAAGAAUUUGUCAAGAAUGUAUAACUUGCUGCUGAAAUGGAACACUCAGGAUGAAACGGUAAAAUCGGCUAUGAUUAAAUGGGCACAAGACGUUGGACAUAACAUUAUGUUUGCUGACUGGGAACAGUUGUGGACCACAGGUAUGAAAUUUACGGCAUGUAAUGCCUUAAGAGAGAAUAUUAUGAAAAUGAUAUACAGGUGGUACAUAACCCCAGUCAAGCUUGCAAAAAUCUAUCAUUUGCCCGAUAACAAAUGUUGGAAAUGUAAAGAAACUGAAGGUACAUUUUUUCACCUUUGGUGGACGUGCCCAAAGAUUAAGGCUUUCUGGGAAAUGAUAUAUAAUGAAUUAAAAAAGGUAUUCAAAUAUACCUUCCCUAAGAAACCAGAGGCCUUUCUCUUGGGCAUGGUCGGCCAAAUGGUGAUAAAAAAGGAUAGAACUUUCUUUAUGUAUGCAACAACAGCAGCAAGAAUACUUAUCGCAAAGUAUUGGAAGACACAAGAACUUCCCACGCUGGAGGAAUGGCAGAUGAAACUGAUGGACUAUAUGGAACUGGCGGAAAUGACUGGUAGAAUCCGUGACCAGGGAGAAGAGUCGGUGGAGGAAGAUUGGAAGAAAUUCAAAGAUUAUCUACAGAAACACUGCAAAAUUAAAGAAUGCUAGAGUGAUGUUGGAUUGAAAAUAAGUGGUUUCCAGCUGUACAGGAUUUAAAGUUAUAGAUAGAUUAAGAUUAAAGAUUAGGAUUAAAGAAGUUUAAGGAAAUGGAAAUUUGGUAUUUUAAGAGGUAAAAUUUUAAUGCUAUAUUAUAUUAAGAUUAAAGAUUGGGAUUAAAAAAGUGGAAAAGAAAUUGCUGGACAAACAAUUUGGACUGGAAUACAAAAGAGGGAGGUAUGAGGAGGUCCAGAAAAUAAGUAAAUUUAAACACGGAAAUGAAAAGGUGAUUGUUUUUAAUUGUUCUGUUUCUUUUUUUGUUUUUUGUUCUCUGUGUUUUUUUUCUUCUUCUUUGGAUUAUGUACUGUGUAUUUGUGUACUUCUUUUUUAUGUUUUUCUGUUUAAUUUUUUACUGAAAUCUUAAUAAAAAUUAUUUUUAAAAAAAUAAAAGAAAUCUCAAUAAACACAGAAUUUUACUGUAACCCCUUGAGGUCCUUUAACCUUCCCUAGACUCACAGUCCUGUGUUUAAAGAGAGGUAAAUGAGAACGUGGGUGGUGCUGUGUCUAAACCACUGAGUCUAGGGCUUGCCGAUCAGAAGGUCGGCGGUUCGAAUCUCCGCAGUGAGGUGAGCUUCCAUUGCUCAGUCCCAGCUCCUGCCAACCUAGCGGUUCAAAAGCAUGUCAAAGUGCAAGUAGAUAAAUAGGUACCGCUCCGGCGUUUCCGUGCACUGCUGUGAUUUGCCAGAAGUGGCUUAGUCAUGCUGGCCACAUGGCCUGGAAGCUGUUAGGAUUUUUAUCUAUCCGAGCUGCUCCAGCAAGUGGUACUAUGAUUGUAUACAUCAUGUGAGUGUCCAAGAGAGCGUGAGAAAGGAAGUCUGUACUGUAUUAUCUCUUCCUUCCUGAGUGCUGUUGGAGGUUGGUUUCACUUCAAUGUGUGUCGUAGGUUCUGUACUGGUGUUUUGAACUUCUGCAAACCUUGAGCUUCCCUUGCAUCUGUUGACACCUCCCUUUUGAGCACAGGGGGUCCCAUUUUGGCUACAUAAGGAAGGACCAGAGUCUUGAGAAACAAGAUUAGUGUUAGGACAGAUGAUGAGAUAGUGUUUGCAAGAACCAACAAGAGUUCUUAUUCCCAAGUAAUGAAUUCACAACGAAAGCCUUUGCUUAUUUGUGUACCACUAAAGGCUAAACAUUUUUACCAUUUUUUCCCAGAAUUGUAUACAGCAUUCUCUUUCAUCCAACAGCAUUAUAAUGUUUUAAGUUCCCGUACAAUUUUUGAGCAAUGCCAGGUAUUUUCUGCUGGUACAGUAUAAAAAUGGCCAUAUUGAAAUAAUAAGAGGGUCCACUUCGCUCACUUGAACUCUUUCCGUCUUUAGUUCCUCGGGAUAAACACUCAACUCCCACCCGCUCUUUAACCUUGGCAACCUGUAUUCUAUCAUAUCUUCAUUGUUUAUUAAUCCUUUUUUCCUAAUUACACCCAGCAAUUUUCUGAUAGAGGGUCAGCUUCACUCACUUGACCUCUCCGUCACUUUAGCCAAAAAUUCUUUGUUUUCUACAGUUGCGCUGA